AUGCCUGACCCCUUCGGUGAACUUCGAUAUUGCUUUACCCCUCUUGUCGCUUGGAUCGCAGACCUUCCAGAACAGUUGAUGAUCGCCUCUGUGUCAAAGAACGCUUCCCCCAUCACACUGGCCACUCACAAGCAAUUCGGGGAUGCCAACCGUCACGAUCCUCGCACAGCAGAGCAUACUCUGGAGCUAUUGUACAUUCUCAGCCAGUCAAUUGACCCAUGGAAUCUUGACCGGUUCCAGAAGAAGUCAAAGGAGCUUCUCCUUCUAGGCGUUCAUCUUCCGUUCUGGCGCGACUGGCCACUUACCCAGGUUUCUAUUUUCCUUGUCCCUGAAAUCCUUCACACCCUGCACAAAUUUUUCUUCGACCAUCUGUUGCAAUGGUGUAAAGAAGUGGUUGGAAAUGACGAGCUCGACGCACGCUACAAGAGCCACCACAAACGUAUCGGCAUGCGUCACUUCUCUUCUGGGAUCUCACAUGUGGCACAGAUGACUGGACGAGAGCAUCGUGAUAUCCAGCGCACCAUCGUCGCCAUGAUUUCGGGCGCUGCUCCUCCUGAAUUCGUGCGACCUAUUCGUGCUCUCAUCGACUUCAUGUAUCAAGCACAGAACCCCAUCCAUACGGAAUCAAGCAUCGAAGCAAUGCAAGCGUCACUUAACGAAUUCCACAAUUGCAAGGUGGCGAUCCUGGAAGCUGAAGCACGUCGGGGGAAAAGCAACGUCAAGGAGGAUUUCUACAUACCAAAACUCGAACUCCUUCUGAGCUUCGCGGAGGCCAUUAGGAACAACGGUGGACUUGUUCAGUUCACUGCGGAUGUUAGUGAACGGCUUCUAAUCACACAUUGCAAAAGCCCGUUCACGAGAACGAGCAAACAGAAAGAUUUCGGGGAGCAGAUCGUCCACAUCCUUGAUCGUGAAGAGCGGAUGCGGCAGUUCGAUCUAUAUCUCCUCCUUCGCCAACACAACCAAGCUCUCAUUAAUGCCGUUGUCGAUGAAGAUGAAGAAGUAUGCGCCACGGACCCGACAAUGGCAUGGGUUUCUCGUGUCGCCCCCGACGAACAACAUCAUUUCAGUGCCCCCAGGCCCAUACGCAAUCAUUUUACCAAGGGCAUCCUCUCCAAUAGUGCCAACGCAGCGCUUACCGUCACUCGCUCUCCUGAUGGCUCAAAUCUCAGCUGGCCUGAUGUGAUGCACACCUAUGGACUCCCUGACCUUCGUCACAAGGUCACAGAAUACAUUCAGCGAUACACAGAUGAUGUCGAAGAGUGCUUCCAGAUGUUUAGUGCCAUCAAGGUUUGGUCCAAGUUUCGUAUCCAACUACAUUCGACAUUUCGCCCAUCAAUCAUCAUGCCCAGCCAAGCUGUCCAAGCCGAACCGCCAAGUGAUGCAUUUCCAUCUGGAAAUUGUGAUGCGAUUUUCUUAGACAUGGAUCAAGGCGCAAAUAACCCUGGUUUUUCAGUUGCUCAAGUUCGCAUUGUAUUCCAGCUGGCUCCACCCCGGCGCUCAACUGCAAAACUUCCUGACUUCUUGUCGCACCCCCUCCUCUAUGUCCAACCUUUUCGUAUCGUAACAACCCCCGAGGAUCUAGAGGACACUCGAUUGUGGAAGCUCGAGAGGGUCUAUGCACCUGAAACGCAGCCCAAAACCCGCACCGGGUUUGUCAUUCCCAUAACAGAGGUAACACACCCUGCGGAGUUGGUCCCGGUGUACGGAGAAAAGGUUGACCGUUCCUUGACUUUAACGACGUCUCAAGAGCACUAUGACCACUUUUAUCUCAACCGUUAUGCGGAUAAGGAGAUGUAUAACGCGUUGCAUGAAUCAUUGGACACUGAGUAUACUCUUUAG